CUCUACUGCACUUAGUGAAGGCACCAAUGCCAUAUUCAAGGACAACAUCACGUCAACUCACAACGUGAUAAGCUUCCUACAAGAGUACCAGAAGAUUUCAGAAACUAUACAAGAUAAGGAGCGGGAGCAAGACUCUAUCACUAGAACAACUUCGCCAACAUUGUGGGCAUGAAGUGAACUUGAGUUGCAAGCUGCAAAAAUGUACAACCGAAAGAUAUUUUACAGAUUCCAACAACAGAUAAAGUUUGUGUUGAAUUUGCAUGUUGAAGAGGUUGAGAGAAAUGUGAAAUAUGAAGUUUACAAGAGACCAAUGCUAGCUGAAAAAGAUUUCAGAACAAGAAGAUUUAUUGUGAUUGUGAACAUGCAGCAACAGGAGUUCAGUUGUAUUUGUGGGAAAUUUCAGAAGGAUGGCAUUGUGUGCAGCCAUGUCUUGAGAGUACUUUCUCAUCUCAACAUGUCUAUGCUGCUAGAGAAAUAUUACAUAGACAGGUGGAGGCCAAAAAAUACAAAGGACAUACGGGACAUCCGUUUCAAUGUUCCUUUGGAACUGACUGCUGGAAGUCAACACUUAAGGUAUACCUUGCUCUCCAACAGGCUCAAUGAGAUGGCCUCAGAUGGUGCAUCAACAAACAGAAAAUAUCUAUAUGUUGUAGCAGGAAGUGAAAGGGUGCAACAGAGGUUGGAUGAGAUGACUAAAGAAGAUGAACUUGCAGAAGCACAACAAGCAAAUAUUGACAAGGACACAACAGAGUUUGAUGUAGGACCGCAUCCUGAUGGCUAUGGGGACAAUCUUCAGGAUCCUGAUGUUGCAGUAUCAAAAGGGCGUCCACAAAAAGGACGUUACAAAACUUUCAUGGAAGGUUUACUAUCUAAACAGAAAGUCACAUGCAGUCGUUGUGGGGAGCCUGAUCACUAUAAAAAUAGUUGUACGGCAAGACCUGAAGAUAUCGAUUUGGCUCACAAAGAAAAAGUCAGCCGCAAACAUGUCUCAGCCUCUGCUGGGACAUCUACAGAGAAGCAGCCAGCUCAUGCAAAACCGAGCAAGAAGGCGAGAAAAGGAAACUGAGAAACUGGGUGCUACAAGUUCAAGAAGGCAUUGGUUUGGUUUUUUGAUUGUCCCUGCGAGCACUGAAAAAAAUGUAAAAAUGAGCCAAGUGUGGUCCUCGUUCUGCCAACGAACAGAAACCAAAGAAAAGAACUAUAUGAUGGUUCAUGGAUGAUAGCACUUUUGCUAUACUAUUUUAAGAAAAAUGCUGAUGUUUCUAUCUUUUAUUUGUACUGUGAAAAAAACUAGGGAAAAAAUGUUUCCCGUGGGGGUAGCGACACUUACAUUACCCCAGUUGGUUACUUAAGGUUCUUGAUCCACUUUUUUGCUUGUGCUAUUUAGCUAGCUUCUGUCCAGUAAGAAUUUUGAAAACCUGCACAAAAGAAAGAAGGAGGAGAAGUGAUAGAAA